UCGUCAUAUAAACAUUACCCUGCACGCGGUUGUUUGACUAUUAAGCGGCUAUCAUGCGUUUUUUAUUUAUACAGAUACUCAACGAAAAGAUUAUAUUACAGCACAACGGAGCGUUUAAUCGCAGCGACACGCGUUUUUAGGACAACUAGAGCAAGAGAGACAGAGAUGCUGCUUAGCCGGAUGAUAGCCGCCACAGCACAUACAUUCAUAUCGCAUCUACAUUAACACAUCUGCUGCUUCCACAGGGGAUCGGAUGUCUCGUCUCUGACCUUCUUGCCUUCGUGAUAUUGAGUUCUCGUACUGCAAAGAAUAGUCAAGAACCAGAAAAGUGUUUUCAGGCGGUGGAUUGUAUUAGGGAUGUUCUCGCCUCAGAGGAAGGACUUCGUCUCUCUGACCCUGGGAGACCAGUACAGUCACGGCUACACCAACGGCAAACACCGGAGGCAGUCAUGCUGGAGGAAAUGGAAACAGCUGUCUAGACUUCAACGCAGUCUCAUUCUCUUGCUCCUCGCGUUCCUCUUCAUCUGUGGAAUCCUGUCUUUUUCCAGCCUGACAGAGCAAUGGAGAGGUCUCUCAGAUAGAUCCGUGAAGGAGGAUUGGGUCGAAAUGGAUAACAGGGGUCUUGGGCCCAUCCCUCCUGGCCUCCUCCCAAAGCCCCCAGCGGCCGUUCCCGGGGUCAUCCAGGAUAUCCCACCGGAAGCUCUGCCAAAGCUUCAGAGGCCCAGCGUUCCGCUUCUUCCCAAUCCUCCAGCCAUGAGGAAGCCCCCAAGUAAACGCGGGCCUCCAACCUUACAGAAACGGUUGAACGUGACCGUCUCGCAUCUUAAAGACAGAGGAGAUCCUGUGGUCGGGAAAGAAGCGGACGGGGGAACGGAGGCAAAAACAGUCAUUAGCUGGCGUGGGGCGAUGAUUGAGGCAGAGCAGGGGACGGAGCUUCAGCCCACCGCCCGUGGAAAAGAGGCCGGGACGCAGGCUGAUUUUGAAGAGCCUACCCCUUUAAAACCAGUUUCAGAGAAGCCUGUGGAUCGCGCGGAGGCGGUGCGGGAGGCGUUCAGACACGCGUGGAAUGGCUACAAGGCCUUUGCGUGGGGUCACGAUGAACUCAAGCCCAUUUCUAAGACCCAUUCAGAGUGGUUUGGUCUGGGACUCACAAUGAUUGACGCGCUAGACACCAUGUGGAUAUUGGGGCUGAAGGACGAGUUUGAAGAAGCUAGGAAGUGGGUAGAGACAGAUUUAUCCUUUUCUAAGAAUGUGGAUGUCAAUCUUUUUGAGAGUACCAUCCGUAUUUUGGGGGGUCUCUUGAGCACAUACCACCUGACAGGCGACACUAUGUUCUUGGACAAAGCUAAGGAUAUUGGCUCCAGGUUAAUGCCUGCCUUCAAGACCCCAUCUAAAAUCCCCUUCUCUGACGUGAACAUUGGCAAAGGAACCGCUCAUCCUCCACGCUGGACUACAGACAGCACUGUCGCAGAGGUGACCAGCAUACAGCUGGAGUUCAGAGAGCUCAGUCGACUCACAGAGGACCCACAGUACCAGGAGGCAGUGGAGGAGGUCACCAAACAGGUGCACAAUUUGGAGGGAAAACAUGAUGGCCUCGUGCCCAUGUUCAUCAACACAAACAGUGGAAAGUUCACACGCAGAGGGGCCUUCACGUUGGGGGCUCGCGCGGACAGCUACUACGAGUACCUGCUCAAACAAUGGCUACAGGGCGGCAAAAAAGAAACUGAACUUUUGGAAGACUAUCUGCAAGCUAUAGAAGGUGUCAAAAAGAACCUCUUGAAACAGACCUCACCUAGCAAACUGACUUUCGUAGGGGAGCUGUCCAACGGCCGCCUUAACCCAAAGAUGGAUCAUUUGGUGUGUUUUCUGCCGGGCACUCUUGCUCUUGGUGCUCAUAACGGUCUGCCCGACGAUCACAUGGACCUGGCGCGACAACUGAUAGAGACGUGUUAUCAAAUGUAUGCUCAGAUGGAGACGGGUUUGAGUCCAGAGAUCGCUCACUUUAACCUCCAGUACCCCACCGGACGAGAUAUCGACGUGAAGCCUGCUGAUAGACACAACUUACUGAGGCCCGAGACUGUGGAGAGUCUAUUCUACAUGUACAGGUUCACCAAAGACGAAAAGUACAGAGACUAUGGCUGGUUCAUAUUACAGAGCUUCAACAAGUACACUAGAGUUCCCAGUGGGGGCUACACCUCCAUAGGUAACGUCCGUGACCCCGCCAACCCUGUGCCUAGGGAUAAGAUGGAGAGUUUCUUCCUGGGAGAGACGCUGAAGUAUCUCUUUCUCCUCUUCUCUGAGGACCCAGAGCUGAUCAGUCUGGAUAAGUAUGUGUUCAACACUGAGGCCCAUCCGCUUCCCAUAUGGCCGUCCACCUCCUGACGGGUCCCCAGAACUCUUGUAUUAGAUGGAUUCCUUCAGAGGGCCGCUCUGCAGAGAUGACUCUGUGCUGAAUAGAGAAGGCGAGCUAUUAUGCACUGACCUUUAACUGUGCACGAGAGGUUUUUUACAAUAUAAUGAGAGUUUUUGCUCUUUCUGAAGGAUUUUGUAAGAACAGGUUUGGUGGAUGGAUUACCGCCUGUGGGUGGUGGAAAGGGUGUAAUCAAAUCACAUGUUCUUUACAGACCCGAAACCUCUCUAAAGUCACAUUCUCUUCCAAUUCUUUAAGUACAACAAAGGACAGUGAGACUUUAUAAUGAGGCUCAAAUUGUUAAUAUUAGUUUAUGCGUAUCAUGAUCAAGCUAAGAACAAUGAAAGUAUUUUUAUCAUUUACUUUUAUGAUAGGUUAAUUUUUAUUUAUUAAUAUAAAUACUAUCAAGUAUUGUCAAUGUACAUUUACUGAAGUUAUUUAUAUUAGUGCGAUGUAUAGAACAUGUAAAUGUUUUCCAGUAUUCAGAAAUGAAUACCUAUAAAUGCUGUACAAGUUUUGCUCAUUGUUUAUUCAUGUUAUUUAUUUAUCAAUAUUAACAAGUUGAACCUUAUUGACUACUUGACUUACCGAUGAGUUAAUGUCAAGACUGCAAAGUGCACCAGCGCUCUUGCAUGUUGGAUAAGCCCAUCCAUCCACUUGAAACAACUCCUGUAACACGUGAAGGACAACUUUCUGACGUCUUGUAUUCCAUCAAAACCUGAACCUUUCUGGCAAAUCUUCGUAAAUCACAGAGUGGCAUUUCGUGCCGAAGUCACACUGUGAAAAAUGCCCAACACAUUGAAAAAUCAAGACUUCUAUUUCUUUAUACAUUUCUCUCUUUCUACGUGUUUGACGGAUGCUUUGUGUGUCUUGCUGUCGUUUUUACAAGCUGUUACAAAAGGACACUUUACAUCAGUUUCUCUCAAUACCUUUGCAAGAUGCAUUAGGGACAAUGUUGUGUAAUAAUCAGUUGGUCUUUAGAUUUAUUUUCGGGCCAUGGAUUGACGCUAUUCGAGAUCGUGUGUUUUUCUCUUAUUUAUGUUGACUUUACUGAACGUACUUCAGUGAACAGUGUUGCGAGGCCGCCGGGAACCCUGCUUGAAUAGCUACGCUGAAGAUCAACAAAUUUUGGAAACUGUUUCGCAGCAUCGGAUGCCGUGAUGCAACAUUGAAUUCAAAUGUGUAUGUAUGUUAUUUAUUAAUUCAAGUUUCACAGACGAUUAAAAGCGAAAUAAUUGAAAAUGUUGCUGGAAGGAGACAGAGGGUCUCAGUAGUCUAAAAGAUUACUGCUGGAUUUGUUGCUGCUAUUAAAUCUGCAAAUUCUUGUUAUUAUUUUAGAGCGUGUUGCCAAUCUAGAUCCGCUUGUUGCCAUCUGUUACAAUAUGUUAGGGAAUUGUAAGCAGGUUUGCAAGGAAUAGUUUACCCCGAAAUUAAAUUGUCAUUUAUUUGCCUUCAUGUCCCGUUUGACACACAAAAAUAAGUGUUUGAACCGUUUAAAAUAAAUCGUCACUAUAGCUUUUAAAGGGAUAGUUCACCCAAUAAAAAGUCAUCAUUUACUCGCCCUCUUGUUAUUUCAAAGCUGUAUGACUUUCUUUCUAAUGCAGAUCAGAAAAGAAGAUAUUUUGAAGAAUGUCGGUAACCAAAUAAUGAUGGCACCCAUUUGCUUGCAUUGGUUUUGAAUCUAUAUAAUAUAAGUUAAUGGACACCGAAAUUUUUCAAAAUAUCUUCUUUAGUGUUCUGCAGAAUAAGGAAGGCCAUACAGGUUUGAAAUGACAAGAGGGUGAGUAUAGGAUGACAGAAUUUUUCCUUUUUGGGUGAACUAGGCACCGAAAAGGACACAUUUGUGUUCGACUGAAGAAGCAACAUGAGGGUGAAUAAACCAAGUUAAACCAUUCCUUUAAGACUUCAGAUCAAUCCCAAUUGUGCCAAUUUAGGAGCUGGAGGCUUCAGAUACCCUUACAACGUGUUUUAUUACAAACUACAAAAACCAAACUCCAUCGUGUCUCCUAGACUUGUUAAGUUUAUUUGUACAGUCAAGUAUUUGCCUCUGGUAUCAUCUUAUUCCUAACAACACUCAUCCAAUCGCAACUUCCAAGCUUUCAGACUACUGCAAACAUAGGUUUUCACCUGAAACGAUCCAAUUUCAAGGUGAUUGAUGUUUGCAUCAUAGUAUGUCAGUUCCACGUCAAAUCUCUUUUGCUGCUUUUGGUGAUAUGAUGUACAAAUCUGCAUCGCGUGUGCCUUUCGAUUGACAGAAUGGUGAUUGAUAUGUGUGAUAAUGACACAUUUCUGUCUGAUUGCUUCUCGCUCUCUUUGCCGCAAUCAGCUCUUUGUGAUUACGGCUUGUGCUCGCCAGCGAGUGUUAAAUGAAGGAGUGGACUCAGAUCUGAUGAGGCUUUGUGAAGGUCAUUGUGUUAGAUUUAUUAAGAUCUGGCACGCUUGAAUUGUAUUUGAUAAUGUUAAAGUUGCGAAGUCGUGUGCUGUGAGACAGGAGCAGGUCUCUGGAGUUGUUGACGUUUAUAUAUAAAGAUGAAAUGGGUUGGUAAUAUGUGAACUUUACUUAAGUUGAUGGCAGGUGUAAAUAAUGUGAUUUAGAUUUUUUUCCACUUUUUUUGUAUUGUGCAAAAUGAAAAAAUAGAGAAGCUUUACUUUUUCCAUUACAGUACAUGAUUUCAAUUACAUGUUUAUUAUUUAAAAGCUAUGAUAAACCAUAGGCUUGCCGUCUGUGUAUGCUAUUAUUAUUUAUAAUAAGUAUGUUUUUUCCUCCAAAUGACCUUCUCUGAAAGUGCACAUUAUGUGAAGAUUGUAUUUUGCUUAUUGUCAUUCCAGUUUCAUCUUUGUGCAGUGAAUACUUCAAAACCUGCCUUACCAUCUUGACUUCACAAGCAAAUAUGAUUAUAUCUUUAUUUGCACUACAGCUACACUUCUUUUGUGUAUAGUUGUGUCAAUUGAAUACGGUAAUCUUCGCUACAUUAAGAAAGAAUAAAUUGACUAAAUAAAACAAACAUAAGAUGUCUUUGUGUUCUCCUCACAGCUGGAGAGGUUUGUCUCCACUCACACCGUUCAAGCUAAUACACUGUCUGACACCCACUGAGAUACC